UUCAAUGCCAAACUGCCAAUCUUGUUUCUAGACUCUCUCCAAGGAGUUUCAUGCACUUAACUUUUUGUUGUUUCCCUGGCAGGCCAAUAUUACUUGCACAAAUCAUAUAAUAUGGACCAUGGGAACCGACUUCAAGUACCAAUAUUCUCAUACAUGGUUUCGGAAUAUAGACAAGCUCAUUCACUACGUAAACCAAGAUGGUCGUGCCAAUGCUUUAUAUUCGAGCCCUUCAAUUUAUACUGAUGCAAGAUAUGCUAUGGAUAAGUCAUGGCCCCUCAAGACGGAUGACUAUUUCCCGCGAGUGUCCUUUUAUACAAGUAUUUUAUCAUCAUUUUAAUUUCAGUAUUUAGAGCUUGAUGCAUAUUUUUGUAUCAGGUAUGCAGACCGUAUUAAUGCUUAUUGGACUGGAUUCUUUACAAGUAGGCCUGCUCUCAAACUCUAUGUUAGAAUGAUGAGUGGCUAUUAUUUGGCAGCAAGGCAAUUAGAAUUUUUUAAAGGAAGAAGUGAAACAGGAGGACCAACAACCGAAGUGUUGGCUGAUGCGCUUGCCAUUUCUCAACAUAAUGAUGCUGUCAGUGGCACUUCAAAGCAAUAUGUUGCUAAUGAUUAUGCCAAACCACUGUUCAUAGGUUACAAACAGGCUGAUGAUAUAGUGUCAAGUUCACUCACUUGUAUGGUGGAACCAGUUUCAGCAUCUGGAUGCAAGCUAGCUAAAACUUUUAUGUAUCUAGCACUAGAAUAUGCCGUUACUGGUAAAAUCACCAUAAAAGCUGAUGUCUUUAGUUUCGGUGUGGUCCUAAUGGAGUUGUUAAGUGGAUGGAUGGCACUUGAUGAGGACAAGCCAAAUGAGAGCCAAUACUUAGUUGCAUGGAACAUCAAAUCCUUUAAAGAGAAACGUAUUGCAACAAUUGAUCCAGCUCUGGAUGUGAAACAGGAGAGUACAUUAGAUAGCAUCUACACUGUUGCGAAACUUAUUGGUCACUGCACAACAAGAGAGCCUGGCCAACGGCCCGAUAUGUCCCAUGUUGUGAACAUGUUUGCGACGACGAGUGUGGUAUUGAUUACAGUUUUCCACUCAACCAAAUGGUCAAAGGCUGGCAAGAAUCGAAAGGAAAAGACUUGAGUUGCGUCGACCUUAAAGAAUCUAAAGGCAGUAUCCAUUCAAGGCCUACUGGAUUUGCCGAGUCCUUCACAUCAGUUGAUUGUAUAUAAAACAAGGUUCUGCACUUUGUGUAGUUGAUCUGAUUAUCCUAUUCAAUAAAUGUGGAUAGCAUUUUU